AUGAGCUCCUCAAUUCAAUUAGACGUUGGAGGCACUAUAUUCAAGACUAGUAAAUCCACGUUGACAAGAUUCGAUGGAUUUUUCAAAACAAUGCUGGAGACAAAUGUUCCGAUAGAACAAAACCAAUCCGGUCAUAUUUUCAUCGACCGAGACCCCACUCACUUCCAAGUCAUUCUCAAUUUCAUGAGGGAAUCUUCCCGACGUGGAUCUUCCCGAUUCCGAAGACACGGUGAAGAAAAUUUCAAGAGAAGCAAACUUCUACUUGUUGGAGGGACUCAUGGAACUAUGUAG